CGUCACACCCCUUCCACAGAUUGGUCACUGGAUUGUAACAUCUCUUUCAUCUUCCGACCACUACAGUUUAGGCGCGAGUUUUCUGCUCCUCUGCGCGAUAGCAACUUAUGGUGCCUAAAUGCCUCGGGAAUCUUUGGCUAUAAAUUGGCUCUACGUGCAUUUUUAGUUGCGUCAUCAUGGUGUCCGAAAAUAAGGGGCCGUCCGGCCAGAGUAGGAAUUUGCCAUGGGUUGAGAAAUAUCGGCCACAGACACUUGAUGAACUGAUCUCCCAUCAAGACAUAUUGAGCACAAUUCAGAGAUUUAUCAGUGAAGACAAACUCCCUCACCUUUUAUUCUAUGGACCGCCUGGGACUGGGAAGACCUCUACAAUUCUUGCCUGCGCAAAGCAGCUUUACAAAGAUCGAGAGUUCAAUUCUAUGGUUUUAGAGUUGAAUGCUUCAGAUGAUCGGGGCAUAGAUAUUGUCAGAGGACCAGUUCUAAGCUUCGCAAGUACCAGAACCAUAUUUAAAAAAGGCUUCAAGCUUGUGAUCUUGGAUGAAGCAGACGCAAUGACUCAAGAUGCACAGAAUGCUCUGAGAAGAGUAAUCGAGAAAUUUACAGAGAACACACGGUUCUGCCUGAUCUGCAAUUAUCUCUCGAAGAUCAUACCAGCCCUGCAGUCCAGAUGCACCAGAUUCCGUUUUGGACCUCUGAGUUCCGAAAUGAUGAUUCCCAGACUUGAGCAUGUCGUAAAGGAAGAACAUGUAGACAUCAGUCCUGAUGGAAUGAAGGCCCUGGUGACAUUGUCCAAUGGAGACAUGCGCAGAUCACUGAAUAUCUUACAGAGUACAAAUAUGGCGUAUAGUAAAGUGACAGAGGAUACUGUAUAUACCUGUACCGGCCAUCCCCUGAGGUCUGACAUCGCUAAUAUUCUCGACUGGAUGCUGAACAAGGAUUUUACUUCUGCCUACAAAAAUAUUAUGGAGCUGAAGACCUUGAAAGGCCUGGCUCUUCAUGAUAUUUUAACUGAAAUUCAUCUCUAUGUGCAUCGAGUGGACUUCCCAGCGUCGGUUCGAAUUCACUUGUUAGUCAAGAUGGCUGAUAUAGAGUACAGACUGGCGUCUGGGACAAGUGAGAAGAUUCAGUUGAGUUCUAUGAUUGCAGCUUUCCAGGUGGCCAGAGAUAUGGUUGCUGCUGAAGCUUGAGGCAGAAGUGAAAACUGGAUGCAGUGUACAUCACACAAUGAUUCAACAGCCAGAUAUAAACUGGCAGAACCCACUAUUUUAUUAGGGUACAAUCAUAUAGUGACAUUUGAAGGGAACAUUGUACAUAUGCGAGUUCAUUAUUUUAUGAACAUACUUUGCUAAAAUAAAACGAAUUCCUGUAGUAAAAA